GUAUCACUGGUUGUCGCAACAUAGUGUUCUAACGGUUUACCACGAGUGAAAGUUAUUAUUGUUUACAAAUAUUGACUUUCGUGUGUCUUAUUUGUUUAUGGCCCACAGAUUUUGAUGCCCACAUUUGAACUUGUGCCAAAGAACUGUUUUGUUGUUAAAGUUGUAGCGAAGUUUCUAAGGCAUUCUGAUGGUACUGGGUGAUCAAAAGCAAAUUCAGAAUGUUCACUGAGGAGUGGAACAGUAAGUUACAUGAAGGAGUUCAACGCGAGAACCUCGAACUUGUAGAAAGAGCUCUUCGAAAUGGUGCCGACAUAGAUGGUGAAGACUCCUACGGUAACACAGCACUUGCAAAUUCCGCUCAAAAAGGAAACAGUCAAUUGUUAGAGUACUUAACACUUCAAGGAGCCGAUAUUAAUAAAGCUGGACCAAAUGGAAAAACUCCCUUAUCACGAGCUGCAUAUUGGGGUCACAAAUCAGUUGUUGAAUACCUAGUCACUAAAGGAGCUGAUAUAAAUUGCAUAAACCCCGACGGAAAUACAGCCUUGGCUUUAGCCGUACAGCAUAACCAAACAGAAAUUGUUAAAUAUUUAACAAAUGAAGGAGCGAAUGUCAGUAAAGUAGGUAGAAAAGGCAGAACGCCACUGUCGUGGGCUGUUUUAAACCAAGAAAUAGAAAUCAUUGAAUGGCUUCUAAAUAACGGUUGCACGCUAACCAUACAUACUGCAUUGUUAGAUGCAAUACAUACAAAAAAUUUAGAAGUCGUACAACUACUAAGAGAAAAAGGUGCUCGUGUUAACGUUGAGUAUAAAAAUGGGUAUACACCUUUAACCAAAGCUAUCGAAGUUGGUGUUUUCCAAAUUGUAGUAGACUUAGUUAAACACGGUGCAAGCGUGAACUUAUCCGAUGCUAACGGAGAGCUCCCACUAUCAAAAGCUUUAGAGAAAGGAGAUCUACAAAUUACUAGAUAUUUACUCGAAAAUGGAGCGGACAUAAAAGCGGCACAGUCCAAGCACAGGAACAUACUACUCCAACUUCUGGAGGAGAAAAAUUUCGAAACAGUGAAACUUUUGGUGGAAAAUGGAGCCAAUUUAGACAUCACUGGUAACUGUGGUUAUUCGCCUUUAACUAAAUCAGUACAAAUGGAGAAUUUUGAAAUAGUCAAAUAUAUAGUGGAAAGAGGUGGCAACGUAAACCAAACUGACAAUAAUCGAAACACACCGCUGUCCAUAGCCGCAUCCAACUACGAUCUUCGUACGUUUGAUUACUUAAUUAGUUGUGGGGCUGAUGUUAAUAUGGCUACGUCUACGGUUGAAGAGAUAGCCGAAGAAAACGAAGACUUUUACGUGUAUUUAAGCGUGAUAAGAGGAGAGACCGAAGCGAAACUUAAUCAAUUAUCUAACUUUGUUGGUGGCUGUGGACACGAUGCAUCUCCGUAGUUACUUAUUUAAGACUACAUUACUAUUUUACCAAUCGAUUCGUUUUUUUUUUUUAUUAUUGAAACAAAAAGGCAUGUGAAUAUCCAUUAAUUAUAUUUUAUUUCU